GGGCCGGGCCGGGCGUCACGCCAGUUGGGUUAACGUCGUGAGCAGCAGUCGCUGUGUUGGCUUCAGUCUCUCUCUCUCUCUGGGCUUCAGUAGUAACUGGAUGGAGAUUUAACUCGGAGGAGCUUAAAGUGUUGGAGUAAAAGAUUACUGGACGUGGUCUGAGGAACUAGUACCGACACAGACAAACAAGCAAACAGGAUGUGAUGUUUACGACCCGCGGAGCAAAAAUGUCAAGAGGAACAAAAGAGACUUUUUUUACGAGGCUCAGCGGACUGAACUAACCAGCAGCUACACCGGCUAACGUUAGCCGGGUUAACGCUAGCUAACACCACAGACAGACUUUAUGACUGCUUCCACUUUCAAGCAUCCUCACUUGUUCAGCGGAUCUCACUGAUACGCACUCACCAUGGCAGCAGUGGUUAGCUAUUCUCCACCAUGGUGGGUGAACCUGAUACACAAAUUCCCACAUUUCAACCUCAAGUUUGAGCAAAUUAGCAGCGAUUUCCGACCAGAGGACUGGACGUAUCAACAGUCCAUCCUGUUAUUUGGAGGUGUGGCGCUCGCCUGUCUGGCCCUGGAUCUGCUGUUUUUGCUCUUCUACUCCAUUUGCCUGUGCUGCCGGCGAAGCAAAAAUGUGGAGCAGCCCAACGCGGACUGCUGCUGCACGGCCUGGUGUGUUAUCAUAGCAACACUUGUCUGCAGCGCUGGCAUUGCUGUUGGUUUCUAUGGGAACGGUGAGACUUGUGAUGGAGUGAGUCGGCUGACAUAUUCCCUACGCCACGCUAACCACACAAUCAUAGGAGUGCAGAAGCUGGUAUACGAGAGUACAUCCUCAUUGAACCAGACGGUAGACGGCAAUCUACAACAGCUUGAGGGACAGUAUGCACAGCAUGCAGACUACCUGUCUAUCAUCCAAAAGCUGCAAGACCAACUGGACGAGCUGGUCAGACAGAUGGUCAAGAUUCCCUUCUGGGACAACAGCAACAUCUCCCUGGAGGAGCUGGCUGUCCAGAUUGAGCUGUAUGACUGGUACAGGUGGCUGGGCUACAUAAGCCUGCUACUGUUCGAUGUCCUCAUCUGCCUUCUGGUGCUGUUUGGCCUCAUUCGCAACUCCAAGGGAACACUUAUAGGGGUGUGCUUGUUCGGUGUAGUGGCUCUGGUCGUCAGCUGGGUCUCCCUAGGGCUGGAAUUGUCCGUCUCCCUGACCUCGAGUGACUUCUGUGUUUCCCCUGAUACUUACAUCACAAAAGUGGCAGACCAGUAUGGAGUCAUCAAUCAAGAAAUUCUGCAGCACUACCUUAGUUGCAGUUUGGAAAAAAACAACCCCUUCCAACAGAAACUUUCGGGCAGUCACAAGGCGUUGGUGGAGAUGCAAGAUGAUGUGUCCGAACUGCUGCGUUCUGCCACCAGAGAGUAUAAACAAACUAAGGGAAGUUUGGAGGAGAUUCAGGGGAUCCUGAACACCACAGAGAUCAACCUGCAUCAGCUCACUGCACUGGUGGACUGUCGCAGUCUGCACAUGGACUUCGUGCAGGGCGUGACAGGGCUGUGUUAUGACGGACUCGAAGGCCUCAUCUACCUCGUGUUCUUCUCCUUCGUCACGGCUCUCAUGUUCAGCUCGAUUGUUUGCAGUGUGCCUCACACCUGGCGGGGCAAGAGGAAUGAGGAGGAGAGUGAGGACGAGUCUCUGAGCCAUGGAGGAAGGCAAAACAAUGAUAAUCUUUACCGGGUCCACAUGCCCAGCCUGUACAGCUGCGGCAGCAGCUAUGGCAGCGAGACCUCCAUCCCCGCUGCCGCCCACACUGUCAGCAAUGCUCCUGUUACAGAAUACAUGGCUCAGAAUGCCAGCUUCCAGAAUUCUCGCUGCGAGAACACGCCCCUGAUCGGACGAGAGUCUCCUCCCCCCUCGUACACCUCCAGCAUGCGGGCGAAGUACCUGGCCAACAGCCGACCAGAACCCAACAACCCUCCUCCAGCAGCAGCAGCCGCCGCAGCAGCAGCAGUAGUAGAGGAACUCCAACGCUGACGUCUCUACAGUCACAGUCACUCACUCAUCCUGUCAGUCAGUCUUUUGGGGUUUGUUUGUUUUGUUUUACCCACACAUAGUUUUCUCCUCCACCUCCUGCUUCCCUCAACUAUUCUCACUUCAGAUCAGAAAAGCAAAUAAGCUUUUGGUUGAAGUAAAGGUGAAGAAGAGGACAGAAAUCUAUGAAGGAGUGUUAGAGCCACUGAUGAGUUUUUAAUACAUAUUUUUUCCUUUAUGCAGUUUGAGAAUUGAAUGUUUGUGCAGGUUGACAAUUUUGUUUUCUUUUUACAUGGAGAAAUCGCUCCUCACAAAUCUCUGUAUGGUACAAUGACACCUCUGUGAGCUCUGAGCUCCACGUGCUCGCGACUUGAUCAAAUGUCUUAUUAUGUCUUGUGACAAAAACCUAUCUCUUUAAAUUAUAAAUAGUGCUCAGGUGUAACCAAAGAAAUUCUCAAUCUGCAUUAGGGAAAAUAAUUCUCCGACAGCAUGAAGGAAAAAAUAGGAAAGCAAAAUCUAAUACGCCUGAAAAAAGUAUUUUCUCUCUCAUCCAUGGUCUUAAUUCUCCUCCUUCUCUGAACUCUGACUGACUGACUUUUCUUACACUCUUCUAUUUAAUUUCUCUUUUAUUUCCCGAACGCUCCGUGACUUUUUGUACAGCGCCGCAUCUAAAGAAAGCACUGCAGUGCCGAGGACUCUGGAAGUGCUCAUAGACACUUGAUAACGCUGAUUACUGCUGGUUGUUUUGUUUCGAGUACUGUAACGCAGCCCGUGUCUUUACUAUGUGUGUGCGGGGACACGUGAACGACGGGGGGGGGGGAACUUCUCACGUUGAACGCGUAGGUCAGUUUCAUAAGGUAACGUCCGUGUUGCUCAUGUUUUCCUUCUGCUUGUGGAACACGAUAUUUGCGUUGCAUUAUUCUCCUGUGAAUAUUGACAUAUUGACAUACUGUACAGUAUAUCGCACGUGCACAUAGAUAUGUUUUGAGUGUGUUGCAUUUCGUCUUAAAUCUGACGCCUGGGACCAGUUUUCCUGCAGCGUUGCACGUGGUACAGGUUUUUGGACACUGUUAUUUCCUGUGGCAUUUCUUUGGGGGCAGAAAACAAAAGAAAAAACACAAAUGAGCCACUUUUCCACAGCAGUGACUGUAAACUUGUGAUGCUGUGAACUUCGUUGACACUCAGAGGAUUCUAUGAGGACAAAGGCGAGCUGCGUGACGGAAAUGCAGCUGGGAAGAAGUUUUUAUACCACUGGAAGCUUUGUUUUUUUUGUUUUUUUUUAAUGACGAUGGUGAAGCACUGGAAUAUAGAAAAGUGUGUGAUGUCCUCAACAAUAUUGCUUUCUUCACCAGACUGCUUGUGGUUCUAUUUUAAGUUGUAAAGCUUAAUUUACUUUAACAUAACUGGGAAUUGUGUACUGUACAUACAUACACACACACACAUACGUAUACAUACACUCUAUUCUACCAAAUGUAGAAGUUCAGAGUUCGAAAAUCCACUCACAUUUUUCUCCAGCGGAGGUUUUAAUGCACAUCGAUGGGGGAAAAUAUUGCACAUUGCAGUUUCCUCGGAAGAGGAGCCUCGAUCAUCUGCCGUCCUGCGUCUCCCCCAAAUGUGUUUCAGCGUUUCUAACAUGAGCGGUAGGAGAAUGUGAGUGGUUGCAGUGAAGGAAUGGUGAAAAGCUCUGCUCUCUGUGUAUGAACUGGAACUUGUUCCUGUUGAAGCAUGAUGACUCU